AUGAGCGUCUCUCGCCCAGCACGAUGUCUCUUCUCCGCCGCCACCUCCGCCUCUAAACCCUUGCCCUGCCUCCACCACCCCCGAAGCUUCCACACCAGCACCCCCCGCCGGGGCCGCCGCCGACCGCACUACCCCAGCAUCAAAGCCGCCGACCUCGAAGCCCUGAACGCCCGUGCCGCCGAGGUCCCCACCUACAGCGAGUCCGAGAAGGCCCUCCUCGCGAAAAAGUACACCCCCGAGCAAGUCGCCGCGAUCGAAGCCGGCGAAGCGGCGGUGGAUGCCCGCGAUCUCCUGACCCAGGGCGCGCUGCGCACCGAUCCCUACAAGCUGCGCUACAUCGACGACCUCUCGGCCAUCCACCCGUGGGCCGACAAGCAGCCGCGCAAAGAGCUCGACUCGCGCGUCGACUACCGCGUGCGGCACAAGAGCGAGCGCGAGCUGGCGCGGGCGCUCGUCAACUUCACCGAGAAGACCAAGGGGCUGGGCGACCAAGGGACCGAGCCUCCGCGCGGGGGCGCCGACCUCAAAGAGCAGCCAGGCGACUGGGAGUACUUCCGCGACGGGGCGUACUCUGCGCUCGCGCCCGAGCUGCCCAAGUUCAACACCCCCGGGCUGCGCUACACGCGCGGCGAGGACGAGGAUCCGCACAUGGUGCGCCUGAUGCAGCAGACGGGGCUGACGCUGCAGGAGAUCAAGCGGAUCCGCGUCAAGAAUCUCGUGAGCCACCGCGUUGUGAAUCAGACGCGCAUGGGCAAGAUCCAGAGUCUGUACUACCUGACGAUUGCGGGGAACCAGAACGGCAUGUUGGGGAUUGGGGAGGGCAAGGCGAGCGAGCCCGAGGACGGGCAGAGGCAGGCGAUGAUGCAGGCGAUUAGGAGCAUGAAGCCCGUGCCGCGGUAUGAGGCGAGGACGAUCUUUGGGGAGGUGGAGGGCAAGGUUGGGGCGACGGAGCUGAAGAUUAGCGCGAGGCCGCCUGGCUUCGGCAUCCGGUGUCAACAUCUCAUCUUCGAAAUGGCUCGAGCAGCCGGCAUCUCGGACCUGGCAGCGCGUGUCACCCGCGCGAGAAAUCCGAUGAACACGGUCAAGGCGGCCUUCGAAGCCCUGACCAGCCAGAAACUACCGGAGGAUAUUGCUCGAGCACGAGGCAGGAAGCUGGUGGACGUAAGGAAAGUGUACUAUGGUGGCAAGGUUUAUUGA